AGAGGUGUGGGAGGGUUGGGUCUGAGCCUGCCCCCUUCUCCUUCAGUCUGAAUGAGGCAUCUCAGCCAGCUGCAGACAAGCAGGUUCCCACCCUACAUGUGAACCACACAGCCCCAGCACUGCUGGAGAGAGCUUAUCUCUGCUUCCCCUGCACAGAUCACCCAGAGGAUUUAAUCAUGAGCUCUCUCCUUGGACUUUUCUUCUGCUUCUCAUUUUCUAUGGCAGAUGUGGGACAUCAUCUUGUUCAGAACAACUUAAUUGAGUUCUCCAUGACUAAUGGGAUGGAAGACAAAGUGGGACUUCGAGUUCCAAGACAAGCUUUCCACUCACAAAGAAGAGAAACCAAACCACAAGUUGCAGAGUUCCUCGUGAAAUCCACCAUCAUAUCACGCUACGCAUUCACCGCUGUAUCAUGCACGAUGGUGAACCGAGCUCUUGAGGCCAAGGAUGUUGUGUUUCAGAUGCUUAUCCCAGCUGCUGCUUUUAUUUCCAACUUCACCAUGAUUAUUGGUGGCAGAACGUACCAAAGCGAAGUCACGUGGAAGAAGCAGAAUAUUGAAGACACAAAUGAUCUUGGAAGGGAGAAAUUCCUUGCAGGGAGAGAGAACGGAGAAAAUGGAACAAGCGGGAUGGAAACCUUCAAAGCUUCUGCAACCAUCCCAGGUCGGAACAAAGCUGUCUUUUUGUUGAUGUAUGAGGAACUACUGCAGAGGCGCCUUGGGAUGUAUGAGCACAUUAUCAGCAUAAGGCCGCAGCAGUUAGUGGGCAAACUGUUUGUUGAGGUGAACAUAUUAGAGAACUCUGGAAUUAAAGCCUUAGAGGUUCCUCCUUUACAGAACAGCAAGCAAAGAAGUAAAAAUACAGAUACAAUCUCCUCUCCUCCAUCGACAGUCAUUAACCAGACGGGCAGCUUAGCAAACAUAACAUUUAAUCCUAAUGUCAUCCAGCAGGCGAUGAUUGCUAAUAAUGGCAUUUUGGGGGAUUUUAUUAUUAGAUAUGAUGUAAAAAGAGAACUCAGCGUGGGAGACAUUCAGGUCUUGAAUGGAUACUUUGUCCAUUAUUUUGCACCCACAGAUCUGCCUCCACUGCCAAAGAAUGUGGUGUUUGUGAUUGAUACCAGUGCGUCCAUGGUGGGAACAAAAAUUAGACAGACCAAGGAAGCCUUGUUUACUAUUCUUCAGGAUCUGAGACCUGAUGACCAUUUCAACAUCAUUGGGUUUUCCAACCGAUUAAAAGUCUGGCAUCAAAACACUCUGGUACAAGUGACUCCCAAUAAUAUCAGAGAUGCAAAGAAGUUUAUUUAUGGAUUGAACCCAACAGGAGGCACAGACAUUAAUGGUGGACUUAAGAUCAGUGCAGAUCUGCUUAAUAAUUACCUUUCUACAAAUGGCAAGCACGAUAGGAGCGUGUCCCUUAUCAUCUUCUUGACUGAUGGGCGACCAACCGUUGGUGAGGUCUCUUCUAGCAAUAUAUUGGACAACACCAAGAGGGCCAUUCGGGAGAAAUUCUGUCUCUUUAGUAUUGGGAUUGGCAAAGAUGUAGAUUAUACUCUACUGGAGAAACUGUCACUGGAAAACUGUGGUAUGAUGCGCCAAAUCCAGGAAGACGAAGAUGCAGCUGCUCAAUUAAAAGGGUUUUAUGAUGAAAUUGGGACACCACUAUUGUCUGACAUCCGCAUCGAUUACCCACCUGACAGUGUAGAAUACGUCACUCAGAAUCUGUUCCGCAACUAUUUUAAUGGCUCAGAAAUAGUUGUUGCUGGAAAACUAGUCAACCGAUCAUCUAACACCCUUCAUGUUGAGAUCACAGCAAGCAACAGUAAUAAAUAUGUUGUGCUUGAAGCCGAUAUAAAGAUUGAAGGUGUAGGACAAGAUGAAAUCUCAGGACAAGAAAUACUGGAGGACGAUUUGCAAUACAAAAAUCACAUUGAAAGAUUGUGGGGAUAUCUGACAUUUAAAGAGCUGCUCAGAGAUUUCUAUAAGAGCAAAAGUUCAUCAGAUAAAAAAGAGAUCAUAGAUCAAGCUCGGAAACUUGCAGUCAAUUAUAACUUUGUGACCCCAUUCACACUACUGGAAGUGAAGGACUUUGGGUACCAGGCAGAUCGUCCGAAGGAAGAGCCAACCAGCCUAUUUACAGAAGGGAUUGGGCAGAAACUGAUGGAUUUACAAGGCAAAAAAGCCCCAAAAGGUUCUCCCUCUAAAAUACAGGGAAAACAAAGGACAUCUGUCUCCAAAACAUCAGCGGAUGGAGACCCACAUUUUGUGGUUGAUUUCCCUUUGAAUAAGUUGGCUGUUUGCUUUAACAUAGAUGGAGAACCUGGGGACAUACUGAGGCUGGUGUCUGACCACAGAUACUCAGGUGUGACAGUAAAUGGACAGCUGAUUGGAGCUCCAGCACCACCAAAUGGUCACAAGAAGCAGAGGACCUACUUUAGAAGUAUCACCAUAAUUGUCAACAAACCAAAGCGAUCUUAUAUUGAAAUCACUCCUUCAAAAGUUAUCCUGGACAGCAAGGAUAGGCUGAUCCUGUCAUGUGACAAGAGCACAACAGUGAAGAGUGAUGACUUGACUGUCUCAGUUUUUGCCAAAUCCAAUGUCACUGUGACCAUCCAAGGUACCAUCAGCUUUGUAAUUCUGGUCCACCACUACAAGAAUCCAGCACCAUUCCAGAGAAACCACUUGGGAUUCUACAUCUCCAACAGCAAGGGAUUAUCUCCUAAUUCUCAUGGGCUGUUAGGUCAGUUCCUCUACAAUGACGUAAAGGUCACCCAAGUACCAAUCAGCAUCAGUCCCAACUCUACUGCCCUCCCAGGCAAUGCUGAGAGUGUCAUCAACAUGCUACGAGUGAGGAACCGUGUUGUCCCAGUAAUUAGGAAACAGAGGAAGAUUUACAAUGGUCUGCAUCAGGUUGACUGUUGGUUUGCAAAGAAUAAUGCAGCCAAACUAAUAGACGGAAUAUACCAGGACUAUCUAGUGUCUCAUCCAUUUGACUGUGGAAAUGAUUUGAUAACUAAUGAAGUGUAACCUUACAGCACACUGUGCAGUACAGACAUUCCUUACUAAAGUGCAUUCCACUUUCCAUGCUGACAAAGGAUGGAAGUGAACUUUGGACUUAUCCUGAGAAAUACUGAGACAUACUCUCAGAGGAGAUGACUUUUUAUGAGUGUGUUUUUUAAUAGAAUGAGGCUUUUAAUCACAGUGCACUGAAUGUACCUAUAACAUUUAGGGGUAAUACAAUUUAAAGAUAUAUGGAAGUUCAGUAUUAUCUUUCAUAAUUCAGAGUGUACAGUUUUAUAAAAACUUCCAUUUUACCUCUUUCUCUUGGUAUCCAUUUUUUUUAAACAGCUCAAUGAGAGCAAACUAAGAUAUGCUCAUGAGCAUGCAUAUCUCUUGUGGCUUGGGCCCUAUGUGUAUAAUGGUUACAAACACAUACCAUAGAGUGUUCAAGACAUACAGUCAAGGCCAAAAAUAUUGGCACCCCUGCAUUUCUGUCAGAUAAUGUACCUCUUUGCCCAGAAAAUUGCUGCAAUUACAAAUGUUUAGGCAUUCUCAUGUUUAUUUAUUUUGUUUGUAUUGGUAUGACACAAAAAAAGUGGAGGAAAAAAAGCCAAAUCUGACACAUACCACACAAAACUCCAAAAAUGGACUGGACAAAAUUAUUGGCACCUUCUCAAAAUUUUAAGAUAUAAUUGCAUUACAAGAUUGUGAUGCUCCUGUAAUUUGUAAUUAAACUCACCUGUAUCAAUUAACAGGUGCUGACAAUAUAGAAAUCACACCAGUAACCAGUUAAAAUAGUGAAAAAUGUACUCACCCUUUCUGUUGUGUGUCUCUGUGUGCCACGCUGAGCAUGGAGAAGAGAAAGAGCAGCAAAGAAUCAUGUGAGGAUUUGAGUUAGGGUUGCCACCUCAGCCAUGUUUUCCUGGACACUUAUGAGUUACACAUGCUGCAGGGUGUGCAGGGAGGAACAUGUAUUGUGUCUCUGGACAGCACUAUUCAUAUUCCUCCCUGCACACCCUGCAGCAUGUGUAACUUAUAAGUGUUCUGUAUUUUAAGGGACGGGUGGCAACCCUAAUUUGAGUACAAAAAUUGUCGAAAAGCAUGGACAAUCUCAAGGUUACAAGUCCAUCUCCAGAGAUCUUAAUGUUCCUAUGUCCACUGUGGGCAGCAUUGUCAAGAAGUUUACAGCCCAUGGCACUGUAGCUAAUCUCCCUGGACGUGGACGAAAGAGAAAAAUUGAUCAAAGAUUUUUUGAAUUGUGUAUGAGGAACUUUGAUCAACUUUCAGACAAAUUCAAGAUGACCUUCAGGCACAGGGUACCAAUAUGUCAGCUCCCACUAUACUUUGCCAUCUGAAAGAAAAGGGAAGCUGUGGUAGGAGACCCAGGAGGACCCCACUGAUGACACAGAAACAUAAAAAAGCCAGAUUAGAGUUUGCCAAAACUUACCCAAGGAAGCCAAAAUCCUUUUGGAAGAAUGUGCUGUGCACAGACAAAACAAAAUUACAGCUUUUUGGUAAAGCCCAUCAUUCUACUGUUUUCAGAAAAAGAAAUGAGGCUUUUAAAUAAUACAGUCCCUACAGUCAAACAUGGUAGAAGUUCACUAAGGUUUUGGGGUUGCUUUGCUGCUUCAGGCACUUGAUGUCUUGACUGUGUGCAUGGCAUUAUGAAAUCUGAAGACUACCAAAUAAUUCUGUGGUGCAAUGUAGGGCCCAGUGUCAGAAAGGCGGGUCUCCGUCAGAGGUCAUGGGUCUUACAGCAGGACGAUGACCCAAAGCACACAUCAAAAAGCACCCAAAAAUGUUUUAAGACAAAGUGUAGAGUACUGAACUGGAGAGUACUGAACUGGCCAGCAAUGAAUCCAGAUCUCAAUCCCAUAGAGCACCUGUGGAGAGAUCUCAAAACAGCAGUUGGGAAUCUGAAAGACCUGGAGCAGUUGGCAAAAGAAGAGUGGUCCAAAAUUUCAGUAGAGAGGUGUAAGAAACUCAUUGAUGGUUACAGGAAGCGAUUGAUUUCAGUUAUUUUUUCUAAGGGGUGUGCUACCAAAUAUUAAAUUGAGGGUGCCAAUAAUUUUGUCUAGUCUAUUUUUGGAGCUUUGUGUGGAAUAUGCCAGAUAUGGCUUUUUUUUCUCCACUUUUUUGUGUCAUACCAAUACAAACAGAAGAAAUGAACACAAGAAUGCAUAAACAUUUGUAAUCGCAACAAUUUUCUGGGAGAAGUGGUGCAUUAUCUGACAGAAAUUCAUGGGUGCCAAUAUUUUUAGGCCAUGACUGUAAGCACACUUCCAAGCCUACAGCUGUAUGCUCUUAUGGACAGGAGAUACAUUUCAAUAAUGGAUACUAAGAGAAAUAGGAAAAUUUGAUAACAGAAGUAAAUUGGAUUUAUUUUUUUUAUUGUUUUAUCAGAAUUUAUCAGAAUCAUGAAAGUUUAAUCUUGACUGGGAUGUCCCUUGGUAAUCUAUUUUAUAAAAUAUGGAUUACAUUUAUGUUUAUAUGUCUGAUAUUUUUUUUUUUAUUUUAAAUAUUUUAUUAAAGAUUAUAAGAUUUCAAUACAAAAUCUGAAUAAACGUUUCCGAUAACAGAA